AUGCUGUCAUUGAAAGAAAAAUUACGGCUGAAUAACCCAUGGACCCAGAAUUUUAUCUCUGGUGUUAUCCUGUUUCUCACUGUCGGCAUCUAUCUGGCGGUCAUUGGUCUCGGCGCAGGAGGAGGGAAACCAAGUUCCGCUCAUGUUGCAACCAUUACAUAUACUUCCAUAUACGCCAUCUUUGCUGUUACCGGCUUCUUUGGUGGCAGUAUUAUGAACACGCUCGGACCGAGAUGGACAAUGACGAUAGGUUCACUGGGAUAUCCUCUCUACAUCGCGAGUCUUUGGUACUAUGAUGUAACCGGGAAUGAAUGGUUUCCACUUAUGGCUGGCAUACUCGGAGGUGCUGGUGCCGGCCUCCUCUGGACAGUUUCUGGUUUCAUACAGUUUGCCUAUGCAGAGGAACAAGACAAGGGAACAUAUAUUGCAUGGCAGCUGUUCCUUCUUGCCCUCGGAUCAACAGUGGGCGCACUCGUAGCAUUUGGAAUCAGUGUUGACGAGGCUGGUUUAACAGGAGUACCAACUUCUGUCUACCUGACAUUUAUCAUUAUUAUGUCCUCAGCCAUUCUUGUCUCGGCUACAAUGAUUGUAUCGCCUCGGAAGAUUAUCCGAGACGAUGGAACUCAUCUUGCGAUAUUCACUGCGACUGAAUUCAGAUCCGAAUUUAAAGGAUGUGUUAAGUUAUUGAAAGACUGGAGGAUUGUUGCUCUUAUUGUCCCGAUGAUAGCUACGGAGAUGUCUUCAGCAUUGAUUCCCACGCUGAGCGCUUAUUCCUUUAACCUCCGCACGCGAUCAUUGAAUGGUGUCCUUUUCUGGGCCAUUCAAAUACCGGCAACCUUUCUCUACGGGCUUGUGUUAGACAAUUCACGGUUUCGAAGACGUGUCCGGGGCUUGACAGCACUCAGUAUUGCCCUGGUCAUGGUUAUUAUCAGCUGGACAUUGUCAUUCAUUAUUCAGGUAAAAUACCAUCUGAAACGUGACCUCCCUUCUCCUGCUUGGGACUGGACAGACUCCGCCUUCGUGGAAUUCAGUAUCAUGGUCAUAUUCACCGGAAUUGCGUAUGCGAUUGAUCAAAUGGUCGUCAUGUGGGUCAUUAGCGCUUUCAGUAAUGAGCCUAGAUUGCUUGCUAGGUAUGGUGGAUUUUUCAAGGGAAUGUUGAGCGCAGGUUUGUGUAUUGCCUUUGGAAUGGAGUCUGGAAAGGUUUCUUACCUGAACCAAACAAUUACCCAGAGUGUUUUGAUGAUUAUUUCCUUCCCGAUUCUGUAUUAUAUUGUCAUGAAAUGUGUUCCUGAUACUAACUACUUCAGCGAGGAUAAUGUUAUCCCACCCCAGCAUGUGGGAAGUGAGAAAGCCCAAAUACUGAAUAAUGAGAACUUGGACCACAGAACUCACUCGGAGGGAAAAGCUGACGACGAAGUAAUCAACCUGGACUAG